AUGUACCAGGUGAUCCAGGGUAUCAUCUCUCCUGUCAAUGACAACUAUGGGAAGAAAGACCUCGCAGCUUCCCAUCACCGAGUGUCCAUGGCCCGGCUGGCCCUGCAGACAUCUGACUGGAUCCGGGUGGACCCCUGGGAGAGCGAGCAGACACAGUGGAUGGAGACAGUGAAGGUGCUGAGGCAUCACCACAGCGAGCUGCUCCGAUCUCCACCCCAGAGAGAAGGCCUAGACAACAAGGCACUCUCCCCGGCCCCUGCAGCUGUGCCUGAGCUGAAGCUCCUCUGUGGGGCAGACAUCUUGAAGACCUUCCAGACCCCUAACCUGUGGAAGGACGCGCACAUCCAGGAAAUCAUGGAGAAAUUUGGCUUGGUGUGCGUGGGCCGGGCAGGCCACGACCCACAGGCGUACAUCUCAGAAUCGCCCAUCCUGCGCAAGUACCAGCACAACAUUCACCUGGCCAGGGAGCCCGUGAAGAACGAGAUCAGCGCCACCUACAUCAGGAGAGCCUUGGGCCAAGGACAGAGCGUGAAGUACCUGCUUCCUGACGCUGUCAUCGCCUACAUCAAAGACCACAACCUGUACAUCAGGGACAGUGCCUGGAAAGGCAACAGCACCCAGAGCAGCGAAAGAAAGACACACUAGGCAGGGACUUGGGGGCCAGCCACGCUGCCUCCACCAAGUGCCUGCUGGGGAGAGGGCUGUUCAAGUUUGGGUUUUGCUUUUGUUUAUUUGUUUGCUUUUCCAUUUCCCAUUUGUUUUAUUCCCACAGUGAUUCUUUUCCUGCAAAGUGUUCUGUCCUGGGAAGCAAUAACCUUCAUGUGUUGGGAAGGAAACGUCUACGUCACAAAAACAGAUGUUUACCAAAGAAGUUAAAAUGGCGUGGCAGGUCGUUGGGAUCAGGCAAAAUCUCUCAGAAUUGCUGGACGAGGAGCCCUACUUAUUCUGUGUAGAUGGUAAUUAUGGUGUACAUACUGAAUGUGGUUCUGAGCACGUCAGGGGCCCCGAGGGUCAGAUCAGAAUUGUCCACAAUGCGUUUUUUAACCUGGACCAGGUGCAGCGUGCUGGUCUUGAUUGGAGAGAUUUGACAGGAUGCUAAUUACUGAACAGUGGGCCUUGUCAAUGCCCUAGUUUCAAACAGAAUACAAACUGAGGAGUCAAACACUUGGAAACAGCACCUUGCUGAUUUACAUGGACUCUUCCCUUCCUUACAAACCAUUGUCUGCUGCCUAACUGGCCUUUCGUAAAAUUUAAAUAAAAUUCUUUCUUAGUGGUGCUCCUCAAG